GGGGGGGAGCGGUGCGGGGAGGGCCCUGAGUCUCACGGUCGGAUCGGUGCCCCGCAUCCCCAGGAUAUGCGAGGAUUGACUCCUUUCUUUGGCACCACUUUUAUAUAUCUUACUCACCCUGUUCGGCCGCCCCUAGUGUCGCAUUCGCCAGCGGUGAUUUUGGCCUCGUUUGCGCGACGGCAGGCGGCAUGGCCAGAGUGCAUCACUCUUGGCCAGCCAAGCGGCCCGGCAACAUCCGUAAGGCCCAGCAGGGGCUGAUCUGCGCUUUCAGCGACCCGCCCACUGGGGUGGCAUGCCGUCGUGCGCUCACAGCAUCGGCCACUGCACCAGCCACCCUGCAGCGUGACCCUGGGAGGCGCGGCUCUCGUCCCUCAUCUCCUUCUGGGGCAGCAAUGUGCGGCAGCGCAGAGCUGCCCGCGGCCUACGCGCGCCUGCUGCGCAGGCGCAGGCCCACCUGCGGCGUGCGCCAGGGCUCGCCGCAGGCGCUUUCUCCCACGCCGCCCCCUUCUUUUCGGUAGCAAGCCAUGGGAGCCUCGUAUACCUUCGCAAUUCCGCCUUCGAAUUGCGUUUAGCGUCUGGUACUCGAUGAGAUAGCGC